AUGAAGUUCUACUCUCAGUCCUUCUUGUACGACGAUCCCUGGCCCAUUGUCACCCUUGCGUACUUGCUGCGCUACCCAAAUCCAAUGGCGUCCCAUAUCCUCUCGUGCGACGUCAUUUCGCGCGAGGUCACCGCCGCCGGCUCGCUCCUCACCACGCGCCUCAUCCUUAAGACCGGCUCCAUGCCGCGCUGGGCGCCCAAGGGCAUGAUCCAACGCGCCGAGUCGUGGGUCCUCGAGGAGAGCGAGGUCGACCCGCUCGGCAAGGUCACGCGCUGCACCACCAAAAACCUCGACCACGUCAAGGUCAUGCGCGUCGAAGAGCACAUCCACUUUCGGUCAACGCAAGACGGCAAAACGAUGCAGACGACCGAGGCGAAGUUUGUCUCGGGCUUCGGAUGGGGCUUGACGAAGCGGAUUGAGAAUUACGGGCUCACUAAGUUCAAGGCUAACUUGCAACGGUCUCGCGAAGGGUUCUCGAUAAUCCUGAACCUUAUUCGUCAAUCGCCUCGCGACCGACACUGUCCAGACACCUUCCUCUCAGGAGGGCCUCCUAGGCCCUCAAUGUGGUCCCGGUGGCAGUUCUGGCAACGGUCGGGUUGA